AUGAACAGGGGACAAAAUGUUAUCUUGAAUAUUAGUCUAUAUCUCGGUUACUACUCUCUUGUAGCUAAAAAUUUCUUUACUACAGAUAUGUCAACUUUAAAAAUAUACAAUAAAAAAGAGAAAAAAAAAGUAUUAAAUUAUAUUAUGAGAUUUUUUAUGUUCAUCUUUUUAUUAUGGGUAUCACAAUGUUCUGAUAAUGGGGUUUCUUUUAUAUCAUGGAAUUACGAAAAUGAAUUAAAAAACGUACUUAAUUUAGGAAUUAAAAGAUCAUUAACAGAAAAUAAAAAUAUGGAAAUGCAAGCAAAAGAAGGAUCAAAUUUCUGUGAACAUGUAGUUGUAACAGAAGAAACUUUAGAAUCAUGGAAUAAGCUAAAUAAUAUAGGGGAGAGUGUAGAUGCAAAAGAAGGAAAUGAAAUAGAGAUAGAAAAGAAAAAUCAAAAAGUAAAAUCUAAUGAAAGAAUUUUAGGAAUAUGUAAAAAUAAUUUUAAACUAAUUAUAUUGUCUCUUGCUCUUCUCCUAUCAAUUUUUUCUUUUACAUUUGCUGUAAUAUAUAUGACUUCAUAUAAUUUAAGUAUUCAUCUUCCGAUUUUUGAGUUUUCUAUCAUACCUAUUUUAAUUAUUGCAAUAUUUCUAGCUUACGAAGAAGUCAAAAUUAGACGUAAAAAUAAAUUUAAGUAA